AUGUUUCCUGCUUCCUGUGCAGCGGAUGGCCAGAAGGACAUAGAGGAUGAGUUGACCACAGGACUGGAGAUGGUCGACUCCUGCAUCAGAUCCCUGCAGGUGUCUGGAAUACUGGACCCUCACCAAUUCAACACAGGAGAACGUCCCUCUCUACUUUCCCAGAGUUCUUUGCAGCUUAACUCCACCCCGGAGGCUUCACUCCAGUACUCCGCCAGCUACCAUAGCAACCAGACCCUCGCCCUUAGCGACAGCGCUGCAGCGGCAACACCACAGCGCAGCGGACAAGUCGGUGGGGCCGUGCACAGCUACAACCAGGUGACGUCUAGUCGUGCCGCUCAGCAGAGGCAGCAGGCAGGGCGAGGUAGCGGAAGAGACUCCUUCUCUCAGAGCCAUGGCAGUGCCUUCCACCUACCAGAUGCACAGCAGAUCACUACCGGUCACUACUACCCGAGUUCCACCCUGCCCACCCAGCGUGUGAGUUCCCCUCUAACCGGAGGGUCUGGUUCUCCCAGCAAGCUCCAGCGCCUGGGUCCAGCCUCAGACACACCUGGCUAUGCUACCACACAGCGCCUACCUUCUUCCUCCUCAUCAUCCUCACCCAACAAACAGUCCCCCGCCAACCGACUCGCCAAGCCUUACAGCACCUCUGUUUCCGUGACGACGACAGGAGGCACAGGGUCUCCACUGAGGGUGGGGUCUCCUCCGAACGCCAUAGCAUCAGUUGCCGAAGGAGGGGCUUGUGCGUCAUCAUCCCCCCUGCACCAGAUGAGUUCGGGCAUAGGGAGCUACGCUACUCUGUCUCCUAGGAGACUGGCUGCCCACCACGCCUCCGACCAGUACAAGAUAUCACACGAGCUCUAUGCUACUGCUACACUCCAGAGGCCCGGUCAUGUGGCAAGUUGCAGGGGUUCAUACAGUAGUCAGCAUAGCCACUGUGGUCCAGACCUGCAUCCCCUAGGAUCCUCUGACCACCAAAUAGAGCCCCCCUAUGAGGACAGAGUCAACCUCUAUCACAAAGGACCUAUGAGGGGACUGGGCAACAAUACUGCCCCAUCGUCCCCCGGUGUCGACUCCGCCUCUUUGCAGCGAGCAGGCAGCCACAGCGCCGGAGGAAGCAGCCACAGCGCCGGAGGAAGCAGCCACAGCGCCGGAGGAAGUUAUGGUCGUGGGGGUGCCAAUAACUAUGCUACAGUGGGCCCAGGAUAUACAGCAGAGGCCUAUGCUACAGACCCCUACACUGCAGACCCCUACCGUACACUGCAGUACUGCCCAUCUGUAGAGUCUCCAUACAGCAAGUCUGGACCAGCCCUGCCACCUGAGGGCACGCUGGCACGAUCACCAUCUAUAGACUCCAUACAGAAAGACCCAAGGGAGUUCGGAUGGAGGGAUCCAGAAUUGCCUGAGGUGAUUCAGAUGCUGCAGCACCAGUUCCCUUCAGUCCAGUCCAAUGCUGCAGCCUACCUCCAACACCUCUGUUUCGGAGAUAACAAGAUCAAAUCAGAGAUUCGUCGUCAAGGUGGGAUCCAGCUGCUGGUAGACCUGUUGGACCAUCGUAUGAGUGAGGUCCACCGUAGUGCCUGUGGAGCCCUGAGGAACCUGGUCUACGGCAAGGCCAACGACGACAACAAGAUCACCCUGAAGAACUGUGGGGGCAUACCUGCCCUGGUCCGCCUGCUACGCAAGACUGGAGACGUGGAGAUAAGAGAACUGGUCACAGGUGUGUUGUGGAACCUGUCGUCAUGUGAUGCCCUGAAGAUGCCAAUCAUCCAGGAUGCCUUGGCCGUUCUGACCAAUAGUGUCAUCAUCCCUAACUCCUCCUCCUGGGACUCCUCCCACAAUCUCCAUGACGACCGCAAGCAACACACACACACUUCCCAGGUGCUUCGCAACGCCACUGGCUGUCUCAGGAAUGUGAGUUCUGCAGGAGAGGAGGCCAGGAGGAGGAUGAGAGAGUGUGACGGACUGACAGACGCUCUCCUCUACGUCAUACAGACCGCUUUGGGCAGCAACGACAUUGACAGCAAGACCAUAGAGAACUGUGUGUGUAUCCUGCGUAACCUGUCCUACCGACUGGCAGCGGAGACGUCUCAGGGCCAACAGCUGGGUUCAGAGGAGCUAGACGGUCUCCUGUGUGAUGCCAACGGACGUGACGGAGAGACCUCAGGCUGCUGGGGCAAGAAGAAGAAGAAGAAGAAGGGACAGGACCAGUGGGACGGUGUAGGUCCUCUCCCAGACUCAGCUGACCCUCCUAAAGGAGUCCAGAUGUUAUGGCAUCCGUCCAUAGUGAAGCCCUACCUCACCCUGCUGUCAGAGUGCUCUAACCCUGAUACACUGGAGGGAGCAGCUGGAGCCCUGCAGAAUCUGGCUGCUGGCACCUGGAAGUGGUCAGUGUAUAUCCGGGCAGCUGUGCGUAAGGAGAAGGGUCUUCCUAUCCUGGUGGAAUUGUUGAGGAUAGACAAUGACCGUGUAGUGUGUGCUGUGGCCACCGCGCUCAGGAAUAUGGCCCUGGACGUCAGAAACAAAGAACUGAUAGGUAAAUACGCCAUGCGUGACCUUGUCCACCGGUUACCGGGCAGCAGCAAUAGCAGUACUGGGGGCAGCGGUGGGACUAACUGCGGUUCCGCGGGUCCACUAGCACCCAGUAAGACCAUGUCAGACGAUACGGUUACGGCUAUCUGCUGCGCUCUGCAUGAGGUCAUCACUAAGAACAUGGAGAACGCCAAAGCACUGAGAGACGCCGGUGGGAUAGAGAAGCUCAUCGGCAUCGCUCGCAGCAAAGGAGACAAACACUCAGCCAAGGUGGUGAAAGCAGCCUCUCAGGUGCUCAGCAGUAUGUGGCAGUACAGAGACCUACGCAGCCUCUACAAGAAGGAUGGAUACUCUCAGUAUCACUUUGUCGGUUCUGCCUCUACGAUAGAGAGAGACAGACAGAGACCCUACUCCUCCUCUCGCACCCCUUCUGUGUCCCCCGUACGAACCUCACCCAACAACCGCUCAGUUAGCGCACCGGCCUCUCCCAGAGAGAUGAUGAGUAUGAAAGAACGCAAGACCGAAUACGACUCCACAGCAACCAAUGCAGGUUUCCACGACAACAAAGGAGAGCACACCUCCCGAAAAGACAUCAUGGCAGUCAGAAUCUCCUGUGGAACAUCCACGUUGUUCCGGAACUCUUAUGUUACUACUAAUGACGAGAUCGAACACAACCAGAUCCCUCCCCAGCCCAUGGCCCCUCAGGCAGACUGCUCCUCUACACCCCUAAAAGACUACGACACGUUCCCUCCAUCCCUCCCUCCCUCCUUCCCCCCUCCGCAGAACCCUGGCCGCAUGCUGGAUGACUCCUUCUUCGUGCCUCCAGAUCAGCCCCUCCCCCAGCCCCCGUCUCAGGUCGCCACGGACCUCCGGAUGCACCUUGGCCUUAAGUCCACUGGCAACUAUGUGGACUUCUACUCUGCAUCCCGGCCCUACUCCGAACUCAACUACGAGACCAGCCACUACCCGGCUUCACCUGACUCCUGGGUCUAA